UUCUUGCUGCCAGUGGUUGCGUCAACCUGACUCCUGCGCCAAACAGUGUGGCACUUGAAAAAUGUACAGUAGGCCUACAGUACUUCGAUCAGUACUGAGUACCGUAUAGCUUCAGCGGUUGUCUACAGGGAAUACACACUCAUGACAUCAUACUGCAUUGUGUACACAAGUUAUACAGGUACCUCAAGUCCCCGUCUCGGCAACCGGGUAUUUGAAACGUUCUAGUCAUCGAAAAGUGGAAUCUCGGUACAUCUGCGGGUAAAGAAUUACAAGGAAAUAGCAGAUAAACAGUGAAGUGUAAAAAUCUGGCAUUGACAUUGGUACACAACCGUCAUACCGGGAUUUCAGUACAACGUGCAGUGCAAGUUCUCGAGAUAGUAGCUAAGCGAUGCCCGGUGAAGGUAAUAUGGAGAACGGCCCACGCAGUAUCGGCGAGGGUGACAAGUGUGAUAACAGUGCCAAGGCCAGUAGUAGCACCACUCAGCCGUCAUCCACAGCAAGCGCUGAUGACGUGAAAACCAAACCCAACGACCUUUGUGAAGGUCGUCGCCAAACAAACGGGAGCAAGGAAACGAAAUCUCAAACGGCGCCUCUUCGACGACGUUCGGCAACAAAUAGCGAAUCUCCAGAGGCUGCUCAACAUCCGAAUAAGUCGCAUGUGGAUGCACCCACCGUGAUCUCAAACGAAACGCCAAAGAUCUGUGACUCGACCGACGCGAGGGAAACGCAAAAGCAGCAAACGGAAACGUUGUCGCCGCAGCAACACUGCUGCGUGCCGUGCCUCGGCAUCUUCCUCGCGAUCCUGUCGACGAUCACGAUAACUGUGAGUGCGCUCUUCAAGAAGCUGUCGCCGGACGUCAGCCCGUACGUGUUUCUCUUCUACACGUACAUCGGUGAGCUCCUUGGCAUCCUCCCCGUUAUGAUCUACUACAAGGUGUCGUUUCUCGCCGACAACAACAUGCAGAGGGGGCUGCUGUGCCUGCGCGCGUUUCUCGGCACGGUCGUCAUAAACCUCAUCUACGUCGCGCUGAACUACAUCCCACUCGGCGACCUGUCUGUGAUUCGUUUCAGCGCGCCCGUGUUCGUCGGCGUUCUCGCGUGCAUUUUCCUGAAAGAGCGCUGCGGCAUUUUCGAGACGUUUUGGGUUCUGCUGUCGAUAGCAGGCGUGAUACUCGUCGUGAAGCCGAACUUUCUGUUUGGCGUGCACGGCGGCAACUAUGACACCAAUCAUGAAAUCAUAGGGUACUCGUUGGUCAUGGUCGCGAUGCUGUGUAGCUGCAUGAAUUACAUACUGAUUAAGAAGCUCAAGCAUUUGAAUGUGCAUUCGUCGGUGCUAGUUUUCUUUGUGAGCAUUUUCGGCAUCAUCGAAACGACGGUGAUAAUAGCUAUUUUAGGGGAGGUUCCGUAUGUUCCUUGCACUACAAGUGCGUACUAUCUGUUUCUAAAUGGUUACAUAUUCUGUGCUACUCAGAUGCUUGUGACGGCCGCCAUUUACAUGGAGAAUGCCGGAAUCGUGGCGAUCGUGCGAACAAAUGGUAUCGUUGUAGCAUUCGUGUUUGACGUUGUUAUCAUGAAAGAAUCCGUAUCCCUUUUGUCUGUAGCCGGCGCAGGUUUGGUCGGAUUGUGCGUAAUAGGAGUUAGCUUCAGAAAGUGGAUGGUGCAGUCUAAGAAAAUGCAAGAGCGAUUUCCUUCGCUUGCCAAAAUAUGUGGCAUUUAGUACUUUAAUAGCUGGUGCUGAAAUAGCUUCAAUAUAAGUUUUAUGUCAUAUAUUUCAAUUGUUUUCACCCUCACUGUUCGUAUACUGGUGAGCUGGUGAGCUUGCAAAUUGGUCGAGGUGAUCCAGCUGAGAGAACAUGAGUUUAGUCUUAAGGGCCGGACACACUAGGCGAUUUUAAUGCGAUCUAAUCGGGCGA